AGGCUCUAUCUAAGAUCCUUUAGCAGAUGGCGAAGUCUUGUGAUGUGUCAAUUUGCAGGAUGGCAACAAUGUGGGAAACCAUGAGAGUUCAACAUGAAGGCCAAUCUAGGAUUGUGGCAAUCCUGAGGGAUAAUCUGGACCUCUCUCAAUCGCCGAAGGAAACAAGCGAGCACCACCAUGAGCGUACAAUCCAGCUGUUAGCAAUUGUGCAGGAUUGGCACAUGCAGUUUUGUAAGCUUAUAGACCACCAGAAAGAGUACAUAAAAGCCCUAAACAAUUGGUUAAGGCUAAAUCUCAUCCCCAUCGAAAGCAGCCUUAAGGAGAAAGUUUCUUCGCCACCAAGGAUUGAAACUCCACCUAUUCAAAGGCUCAUCCUUGCUUGGCUGGAAAAACUUGAGAAACUUCCAGAUGAGAUUGCAAGAAGUGCCAUUAAUAACUUUGCUCACGUGAUUGAUACUAUCAUGCAGCAUCAACUAGAUGAAAUGAAGCUGAAGGAAAAAUGCGAGGAAACUAGGAAGGAGCUUGCGAAGAAGCAACGACAGUUUGAGGACUGGUACCAUAAGUAUAUGCAGAGAAGAACACCGGAGGAGCUGGAACCAACCAGGACGGAUGACAACCCUAGCAAUGAUGCCGUCGCUGAGAGACAACUUAUGGUGGAAGCAGUUAAAACGAAAUUGGAAGAAGAGGAAGAGGCCUACCGGAGGUUAUGUAUUCAGGUGAGGGAGAAGUCUUUGGUGAGCCUUAAAACUCGGUUGCCAGAGCUCUUCAGAGCAAUGACAGGUAUUGCCUUUGCUUGUUCAAAAAUGUAUGGGGAGUUAAGGGCCAUCACUGUCUCAAGGAAUCCAAAUCAUAGCUCAUAAUACUUAUUGCAUUUGUAAUUUUUUAAUGUAUACUAGUAUUUUACGCGCUUUACAUAGAUACACUCAGACCAACAGGAAGGUAUAGGAUGAACUCUAAAGUGCUA